AUGGGUGAGAUUACUAGGACCGACGAAAUGGAAUGGAUGCCUUACUGUAUCGCAAUUUUGUGCAAUCUCGCUCGGCGGUCAAAGUCGGUAUGCAACAGGAUAAAGAAAUCGACAUCGUACAAGGCAUUUUCUCGUCGUGUCAUCAAAUUGUUGUCACAUGAUUCACGUAUCGUAGUUGUUUCUUCGUUGGUUCUGGUGGGAUACCUUGAAGAGAAAGUUCGAGAUAUGGUAUGUUUGUAA